AUGGCUCCCCAGACGGGCCCCAGCGAGAAGGGGACGUGUCCCGUUCCACCUUUCCCGCAGCUCUUCACCUGGGAGGAGAUCCGGAGCCGCGACGGCCGCGGGCACGGCCGCGAACAGUGGCUGGUCAUCGACAGGAAGGUCUACGAUGCCAGCAGGUUCUCCAAGCAGCACCCUGGAGGCAGCAGAGUUAUCAGCCACUAUGCUGGGCAGGAUGCCACGGAUGCCUUUGUAGCUUUUCACAACGAUAAGUCCCUGGUGAAAAAGUACUUGAGAUCUCUGCUGAUUGGGGAGCUGGCACCAGAUCAACCCAGCUUUGAGUCCAAUAAAAAGAAAUCCCUCCUGGAGGAUUUCCGUGAGCUGCGCUGCACGGUUGAGAAGAUGGGACUUCUGAGGCCAAACUACCUCUUCUUCUUCCUGGUUUUCCUUCACCUCCUGGUACUGGAUGCUGCAUCCUGGCUCGUGGUCUGGUACUUUGGCAUCUCCCUGGUGCCUUUCCUGACUGGCAUGGUGUUCUUCACUGUGGCUCAGAUCCAGAUGGGCUGGUUCCAGCACGAUCUGGGGCACUGCUCUGUCUUCAGGAAUCCCCGGUGGAAUCGGCUGCUGCAGGUCGUGGUGAUAAACGUCCUGAAGGGGUUACCUGCCAGCUGGUGGAACCACCUGCACAACCAGCACCACGCCAAGCCCAACUGCUUCCGUAAGGACCCCGACCUCAACAUGCACCCCCUGCUCUUCAGCCUGGGAAAGACACUUUCUGUGGAGCUUGGAAAGAAGAAGAAGAAGUUCAUGCCUUACAAUUACCAGCAUAAGUAUUUCUUCUUGCUGGCCCCAAUUGCAAUCAUCCCCUUCUUCCAGCUGACCAUAUUCCACUUUGCAAUCAAGAGGAAAAAGUGGCUGGACCUGAUAUUGAUUGUGUUUUUCAACAUCCGAGUUUGCCUCAUGUAUGUUCCUUUAAUGGGAUUUAAGAACUUCAUGAUUUACUAUUGGCUGUCCAGGUACUUUGAGAGCACCUGGUUUGUUUGGGUGACACAGAUGAACCACAUCCCCAUGGACAUCCAGUAUGACCAGAACGAGGACUGGGUGUCUACUCAGCUCCACGCAACCUGCAAUGUGAAGCAAUCUUUGUUCAAUGAUUGGUUCACUGGACACCUGAACUUCCAAAUAGAGCACCACCUCUUCCCCACCAUGCCUCGACACAACUACUGGAAAGUGGCUCCCUUGGUGAAAAGCCUUUGUGAGAAGCAUGGCAUUGAAUAUAAAAGCAAGACUUUACUGACAGCCUUUGUAGAUAUUUUGCAUUCCCUGAAGAAUUCUGGGGAGCACUGGCUUGAAGCAUAUCUGCAUGGGUAAAAACUGGCAACUCUCAGAGGGAAGCUCUUCACCACCCAGCUGCUGCCAGGGCUCAGCACAGACCAUCCACGUGUGUGUCUUCAGGCACAGAAGCUCAGGAGCUGGGCAAAGUUAAUUUCAGUAGGAAUCAACUGGGAAAGUGGCUUAAAGAGACUGUUUUUUUUUUUUCUUGAUCUCAACCAUGAACCUCUAUUUCUUCUGCUCUCAAUCUCAGAAUUGGGAGAUGGGCUUUUAAACUGGGGAGAAUUUGAAUCAACUUGAUGAGUUUAACUUCACUGGAGGCGCCAGCUCACUGCUUGUGGAAGAAGUUUGGAAUGAAACUCUUUAUAAUGUUCAGAGAACCACGGAAUGGUUUGGACUGGAAGAGACCCUAAAGAUCAUCUUGUUCCACCCCCUGCCAUGGGCAGGGACACCUUCCACUAGCCCAGGUUGCUCAGAGCCCCAUCCCAGCCUGGCCUGGAACACCUCCAGGGAUGGGGCAGCCACAGCUGUCUGGGACACCUGUGCCAGCACCUCCCCACCCCACAGGGAAGGAUUUCUCCCUAAUAUCCAAUGUAAACCUGCCCUCUGCCAGUUUAAAACCGGUGUCCCUUGUCCUGUCACUACAAGUCCUGGUUAAAACUCUCUCCCCAUCUUUCUUACAAGCCUCUUUCAGUAUUAAGGUCUCCUUAGUGCCUUUGGGAUAGCACCAAGCAAACUGCAGGACGUCAGGAGAUAUUGGAGCAGGGGGAAUCUCUGAGGGAUGUUUUUGAAUAGAACAAGAUGGCCUGAGGUGUGUCCCCAUUGCUGCUGAUCACAUGUAAACUACUUGAUCUGACUACUUGGGUGUUAUAACUGGUUCUGUUCCUGGAUUGCAUGGGAAGGGAGAUAAUGAGUUGCUGGUUUACACCUGUAAUAGGCAGUUUGAAUCCAGUUUGUAUAGCGUGUGUUAUUGAUAGGCAUAAAUACAUGUACAUAUUUUAAUUGAGUGCUGACUGUGCUGUCUGAUUGGCUUUCUGAUGUACACCAGCUUUGAAUAAGACUGAGAACAAGCCUGAGCACUGAGGAGCAGGUCCACAUUUCAAGGGUGUUUAGGGCACUCUUGCUUUUAUUGAGUUUUAUACGUAUUAAAUUUUAUCUAAAUGGUCAUUUCUUGGUGAUUCUGAGGAGGUGUGGUUAUGGUCAAGGACAGCUUCAGCUGCUUAAAAGUGUGAUGCCCAUCUGUGUAGAGGCUCUCCAAGAACACAGCUGGGUUUUGAGAGAGAAAAUAAAAGAAAGAAGUGGGCCUACAGUUGAAUAUUUUCACUGAGAGUGCUUUAAAUUGUAUGGGAAAGGUAAAAUGUCAAGGAGGAGAGAUGAAUGUUGACUAACAGAUAGUAAAAUAGAGGAUGUAUGAAAGAACAAGCUGAUGUGUGGUUAUAAUUUCACAGAAGGGAAAAAUGUAGGGCAAAAAAAGCUGGUUGUUUGGAAAAGCUAAAAU